GUAUGUCUUGGCUGCACUGAUAUUUCUUGCCUUGAAUGCUACUCAGAAUGCGACAAUGAAAUCCUUGGCUGCCAUUUAUCAUGCAAAAGAAGUGAAGGUCUAUGAUCGCAAUACCAUUGUGUGCUUGAUGGUCAUAUUUCUGUUUUUCCAUGUCAUCUUCGGUAUUUACAUCACCUUCACUGCGACCAGAAGACGAUGGAAAAUGAAGGAAAAAGACAAGCUGUAUCAGGAGAAGAAAGAGUACAUGGACAGAUCCAGAAUGCCACGGCCCCCUAGAGGACGCAGUCAAAGAAAGGGGAGGUACCCAGUCCAUCAGGGGGGAUCCCUAGAGUCAUUUUAUGAACAUCGCUAUGCACUGCGUAAAGGGGAACAACUCUAGUGAAAGUUAAACAGUUUGGACUGAUGUUUAAAUAUAAUAGUAUUGUAGUAUUGUAAUAAGGAGCAUCCUUAUAUUGUGAAAGGCAAAAAAACAGGAAUCAUUCUACAAAACUCAUUAAUAAAAUGGUUUGAAAAGAAAAAAAAUAUAAUUAUAUAUAUAUAUACAGUAAAAA